AUGUUCUCAAGACUGAGGGGUCUAAUUAGGAGAGCAGAUGGAGAACGUCCAGAGAACAGAGAGAGGCAGGAGGAAGCUGACGCUCAGUUUGGGCGUAAAGCAGGAAGGAAUAAAUGGUUCUGGCAAAGACACAAUGCUGCUGCGGUGCCAUCAUCCAACCCAAGGCCCCGUACCCAGAAACAGAUGCAGAAGGAAAUGGAGAGGCUGACCAGGGAGCUGCAGCUGAUGACCAGCCAAAGAAAUGAACUGCGGGAUCACGUGAUCUUUAUCACGGAAGGAAAGGUGGAUGAUAGGCCCUACCACCCACCAAAUCCCCUGAAUGAGAAAGUGAAGCUACAGCACAGACAGGCCCUGUCAGCACUAAAGCGCCUGGAGGACGAGAACACCGAGGCCUCAGAAAAGCUGAGUGAGCUGACCAAGGAGACAGUCUUGUAUCGCGGUCUCCACAGCCUCAUCCUGAUGCAUCAUACUCACCUGGAGCAGAAGGUGGACCUGCUGAGGCAGGAGAAGAAGAAAUUGCGGGAUGAUUGGGCCCUACUGAUGCACCACGUAGAGGACUUGAAAGUGCUCUGUAAGAACCAAGAAGAGAACAGUGACGUCAAAACCCCGCAACAACAGGAGCUCAAGGGGUUGGUGGAAAGACUUCAGUUCCUGCUGAAGCAGAAGGAAGCAGACACCCAGAAAAAGGACUCAGCAGAAAAGCUGUGGCAUCACUUUGAGUUCUCCCAGAUGAGGUCCAAAACACUCCAGCCUGAGGUGGAAGAGGCCACAGCCCAGGAUGAGAGCCUCUUGCAGAAGGAGCUGCUACAGGAAGAGCCACCUGCUGAGCCCCAUCCCCAGCAACUACUGAAGUCUGGGGAUCAAUUUUAUUCUUCAAAUUUGGAUCCCAUCGUGGAAUAGGCCUUGAGUAUGUCUAGCCAGUGACCCAGCAUGGCUGCUUCUGGGUCUUGAUUCCCUUUCCUUCUUGAUAACACCCCCUGAGAGAACUGAGGAAGCCAAAGGGAGCCACAGACACCUUGAAACCAUCACAUUCUUCACAUUAGGAUCAAGGCCUCCAGACAAAAAGACACCCCUUGUUUCUGUGAACUCACCAGUGAAGGAAAUACCAGCUGCCCUCCAGGUGGUCAUGCCCAAUCUGAUUCAUGUGUCUGUUGACUCAGUUCUCAUAAAGAAAAGAAAGCAUCAAAACCAUGCUUGGGGUACAGAAAACCAGAGACAAAAAUUACUCCAAAUGCUACAUCUAGCAGCAAGUGGCCUCAGCCUUGGGGGGGACAUGACAUCUAACAAAAGAGGAAUGACUACAGGCAUCUUAAAAAGCUGUUCCAAUCGGUGACAGCCUCACUACCAUGUCUCUUAGAGAAUGCUAAUUAGCUUAAUUUUUGUUUGGUUUUGUUUAAAAUUUUUGCUUUUAGUUGUUUAAGUUUUGGCUUUGUUAUUUUGAUGUUAUCUGUUCUUGUUAUUGAUUUUUCAUAAUUUGUUAAGAGUAUUAUCUAGUGUUUAUGUUGAAUGCCCUGUUAAAGCCCCCUUUAAGAAAAAAAAUGUAUUUUUUUUUGAGAUUUCAAAGUUAAUUUAUUUCACAGAGAUGAAAAUAAUCAAAAACAAACUCCGAAGAGUUAUGUGGCCAGCCCACCACGAAUGACAAUAUUUGAACUCGAAGCCCAAUAGAAUGCUUUCUGCAUUUGAACUUUUGUGCAACAGACAUAUUAAAGCCACAGAAAAGGCAAAUUGCCUUUGCAAAGUCGACUCAGGAUGGGACUUUUAACAAAAUAACAGGCCAGGAGUAUAGGCAAAUAAAGUAGCCCCAAAGAAAAAGAAAUACCAUUCCUAGAGAAAUCUGAAGAGCGGUUCACUAUUAAGAAAGAGCAAGGUAGAUGUAGUCAAUAUUUGUCUUGAACGUAAUGAUGACUUUAUGCCCUGUAUUUACUCUCUACCCUAAUUACUAGUUCCUUGAUACUUGUUUCAAAUAUUUUACCAUUCAACAUUUUAUUAUAACUGUGUACCAUAAAUUGUUUAUUUUAAAAUAUACUCUUGCACUAAAAUUUUAAUAAA